AUGUACAGUGUAUUGAGGACACACGUGGGAGUGAGAACCUUAUUAUCUAGGAGGUUUAUUUGUGCCCCUAGAGAAAUACCUUCUCAUGGUCUAAUAAACCUGUCUGAUGAAUCAAGGUUUUUACAAAUAUCGGGCAAGGAUGCUUCUACAUUUAUUAAUGGCCUCACGACUAUCAAAAUGAUACCACAGUACAUAAAAAAAAACCAAACUACAAUUUCUCAGGCUGAUCUAAAUAAUGAAAACAUCGUCAAAUCAAUUACACUGACUGACAACGAGAUUACUAAUACAAACUGGGGAAUUAUCCACGAAGAUGAACAUAUUGACCUGAAAGAUGAAUUAUAUGGUGUCGAUCGUAUAGGUAUUAGAAGAGAUGGUGUUUUUGGACAUAUGCUUAGAUCAAAUGGGCGUGUUUUGACCGAUCUAUUCGUAUACCCGUUUCCUUAUCACCCUGGCAAAGAUGAUAGUUCCCCUUCUUAUCUUAUUGAAAUAUUGAACAAAGAACAAUUUAAGCCUUUACAGAUGAUGCUGAAAUUACAUAAGUUGAGAUCAGCAAUUGAAAUCAAGGAAGUUGAAAUGAGCUCGUGGUUUUAUUAUAAUACUACACAACGUGGACAACAGGACCUAGAGUAUAUUAAUGAAUGUUUACUAUCAAAUAGAAUCUCUAAAAAUCCUGAAGAUGCUAGAAUCAUAACAAGUCAAGUGUUGGAACAUUUAUCUGCAAAGUAUGGCUUCAAAUCCGAUUUGAUCCAUGCAUUUGCUGUAGAUCAAAGACAGUAUGGGUUUGGUAUGAGGAUCAUAACACCACCAUCGUGUAAACUAAAUGACUUUGAGGUAUUAGCAUAUGAUAGUUAUCUAACACAUAGGAUCCAAAAUGGGGUUGUGGAAGUGUCGGACUUCAGGAGAACUGCUACUUUGCCAUUCGAAUGUAACCUGGAUUGGAUGUGUGGCAUAAAUUAUGACAAGGGCUGUUAUAUGGGUCAAGAAUUGACAAUCCGUACGUUUACAGGCAAUGGAACGACGCGUAGGGUAUUAAAUGUAAUUUUUGAUAUACCGAUCAUGGAUAUUAGUGAUGCAUUCGAAAGAAUAGAAUUGAGAGCAAUUGAAGGCAAUUUUUCAGACACACCUGUGAAGAAAGAGCCGGUCUUCAAUCCAUUUGUAUCAAGCUCGUCGUCAGCACCAGUCCAGUCAAGAAGAGAUAUGAAUAAAGUUGGUGAGAUCUUGCUCAAUAAUGGAGUAGAAGGCCUAGCUCGAAUUGAAAAGAGAUACUUUGAUUGGGAUACUGAGUUAUCGAAGAAGGUAAAUAUUGUACAUAAGGGGAAGACGUAUACUGGUACUAUUGAAACCCGAUUUGCAUAG